AUGGAGGCUGCAGCGGCCACCGUUUUUGUCGGUAGGAUCGCACCAAAGCUCAUAGAGUUCUUAGCUGCAAAUCACAAGCUUCGGCAGAACUUGGAGCAUGACAUCACCUACAUCCAAAGAGAGUUUGCGUUCAUUUCUGCCGCCAUUCAGCAAGACGAUGACUGUCGCUGGAGGAGUGGCAGCAGGACUGACCACGUGCAGAGGGCCUGGAUCCAAAUUAUACGCGACUUGGCGCACGCCAUAGAAGACUGCAUCGACCGCUUCACGCCCCGCGUGGCGAUAUCCAAUAAGUCGCCAAUCCAGAAGUUGAAGACAAGGAAGGCCCGUAAUGAGUUUGCCGAGGCAAUCAGCAAGCUCAAGAAGAUAUCAAAGGAGUCAUCGAAGCUGAGAACAACUUAUGGUACUUCCACCUCCUCCUCAGCUUCGUCGUCGCCAAUGGCAUCUGAGACGAUAGAGAUUGAGACGAAUGACUUCCAUUCUGCUAACGGCCCUGUGGCUGUGGGUAUGGACGCACAACGGGAUGAGCUUCUGGAGCUGAUCCAGAAGGAGCAGCAGCAACUCAAGGUGAUCUCCAUUGUUGGCUUCGGUGGCAUAGGCAAGACUCUCCUUGCCAGGCAUGUAUAUGAGAGUAUGAGCCAAUACGAAGCGCGGGCUUGGGUUUGUGCCACGGAGCAACAGCGCCCAAUGGAUGUUCUCAUUGAGAUAACCCAGAAACUUGGCAUCACCACAUCCAUUGAUGGCGGAGGUCGUCCCAGCAACCCCUGCGAACUCCUAAGAUCUCACCUUGGGACCAAGAGGUUCUUCAUUGUAAUUGAUGAUGUACGGACAGAAUUUUGGCACGCUAUAAAAUAUGCCUUUGAGGGGUUGAGCGGCAGAGUUAUAGUGACGACAGCCAUUCAGUCAGUAGCAACUGCAUGCAGCAGCUCUGCUCAUAGUCAUGUGUACAUAAUGAGAACUCUUACCGAGACAUACUCAAGAAGGUUAUUUUACAAGGAAUCUUUGGGCCAAGAUGACGAUCGGGAGGAUCAGCUUGGCUCAGAAGCGCUGCAGAAGUGUGACGGUCUACCCCUUGCUCUUGUUACCACUGCCCGGUACUUGCAAAGCACAGAUAAUCCGACACGGGAAAACUGGGCAAAAUUGUGCCACAACCUUGGAGCACAUCUGGAAACAAAUGAGAUGUUAGCAAGACUUAAGCAUGUGCUUGUUCAUAGCUAUACCAGCCUUGUUAAACAUGAUCUCAAGACAUGUCUGCUAUAUUUAGGUAUCUACCCAAGUGGUCGUAAGGUCAGGAGAAGAAGCCUCAUAAGGAAAUGGUUAGCUGAAGGGUUUAUCCAAGGUGAUUAUAUAUGUAGCGCCUUGGAUGCCGCUAUCGGCAAUUUCAAUGAGCUGGUCAACCGGAGUAUCAUCCAACCUACAGAUCAAGGUGCCACCAGGAGCAAAAACAGCACAGAGGUGAAGACAUACCAUACUCAUGGCAUGAUGCUUGAGUUCAUCGUGCACAUGUCCAAGUGUGAAAACUUCAUUACCUUGUUAUAUGAUCAGCUGGCUCCCCCAACCCCAACCAACAAAAUCCGCUGGCUUUCUCUGCAUGAUGCAAGUGCCAGCGUAGCAGCCAAUGAUCUAUCUCUUGUCCGGUCUCUGACAGUCUUUGGCAGUGCGCACAAAUCUGUCUUAGAUUUUUCAAAGUAUGAACUGCUGCGAGUUCUGGAUCUAGAAGAAUGCGGUAACCAGUUGGAGGACAAGCAUGUCAAAGAGAUAUGCAGGAACCUGUUGUUGCUCAGGUAUCUAAGCCUCGGGUCCGCUGUUAAGGCACUUCCAAAGGAGAUCAAGAAGCUUCGAUUCUUGGAGACGCUAGAUGUAAGAAGAACACAAAUAGAGAUUCUUCCCACUGAAGUCAUUAAGCUUCCAUGCCUGAUUCAUCUGUUUGGAAAGUUCAAACUGCAACAUGGUGUAGGACGCCGGAAAAUGCUCAAGCUACAGACUUGGUUCUCAGAGAGUAGCAAAUUGGAAACUGUGGCAGGAUUUGUUGUGGACAGCAACAACAAUAGCCAAGGAUUUGAACAGCUCAUGGAGCAUAUGAAACACUUGACAAAGGUGAAAAUAUGGUACAAGCAAUCCACUAAUAGUAUUACGGAUCCCAUUGCAAGGCGCCGAUACUUGAGUUGUCUAUCUGACGCCAUUAAAGGGUUUAUCAAGAGAAGCACCGACUUGAAAAAAGCUCAUUCACUCUCACUGAAUUACGCUGAUGGAUGUUCUCAAGACUUGCUGAAUUUCUCCCUGGAAAAACAAGAUUCCUCGCCAAGCUGCUAUCUUAGCUCACUGAAGCUACAUGGGAACAAUAUAUGCAGCCUGCCUCCAUUUAUUACAAUGCUGGGCAGUCUCACUAAACUGUGCCUUUCAUUCCCACAUUAUCAGCUGACCAGGGAUAUUCUUGCUGCCCUGAGCAGAGUGCGCUGCUUGGCGUACCUGAAGUUGAUCGCAUCUCAACUGGACAAGCUUGUCAUCAUAGAAGGUGCACUCGAAAGCCUGAGACACCUAUGCAUCGUGGUGGAAGUCAUGAAUGAGCUGGAAGUCGAAGAGGGAGCUCUGCCGCUCCUUGAGUCGCUCCACCUACUGUGUAAGGAUAUAAAUGGAUUUAGAGGCACAGCGAUCCAAUCCCUGCAACGUAUUAAGGAGGUCACCCUCCAUGAUGGAGUAAGCGAUGAAACAAAACACGAGUGGAAAGAAGCAGCAAAAAAACACCCCAGACAUCCCAAGCUCUUGUUUGUUAAGACAGCUGAAGAUAUUCAUAUGGGAACUGAACCUGCAGACAAUUCUGAGAGCCCAGCGGCACCAACUACUAAUACGACAUUAUCAGUGACAAUGCCCCAUGAUGCCAUUUCUACUGGACAAUCUGUACAAGUUGAUGGCGAUGAUCUGCAAAGUUAUGAUGAUGAGAAAGAAGACAUGUAUAUUGAUAUCAUAGAGGAUUUUGCUAGCAAAACUUGUCUGGACCCUCUUAUAAACAAGGAAAAUUUGGAACAGGAGAUGGAAGGAGAGGUAGGUUUAAAGAAUCAGCAGAUUGAAGAUGUCAUUCGGUCUACUCAUCAGGCUGAUCAAAAUGGUGUACUUUUGGUGAUGAGUGAGAACACAAGAAAGAGGGCAAGGUUGGAUAUUGCUGAAGACAACUUAAUGGACAAGGUUGUUGAUAGGGUGAAGCGCAAGAAGCCACAGGAUGUCCCAGAAACGAAGCCUACAAAACGAACGGCACCUGGGCAUGUGGUUGUCAUCUCUGAUGGAAACUGA